AUGUUUUACAAAUUUUCCCUGUUCCUCAUUUUCAAUGCUCUAUUCUGGACCAUCAAUGCCAAACAUAAGAAGUCAUAUUACUCCAAAGAAGACCUUCCAACAUUGACCCUCCCAUGGGGUACAUAUAGGGCGGAACUUUACGGAGAAGACGGAGAGACUGUUCGAUUUUCAAACGUUCGAUUUGCUAAACCCCCUGUUGGCCCUCUCCGCUUUGCAGCUCCUCAAUACCCUGAUGCCAUCAAAAACAACAAGAAAAUUCUAGACAGCAGUGUCGGCGACAACUGUAUCCAAGCCUUUCCUCCUUCUAAAAAUUCAAAUGUUACUGCUGAGCCUCCACCAGAAGGUAACCAAAGUGAAGACUGUCUUUUCCUCGAUGUCUACGUCCCACUUUGGGCUUUGGAUAAGAGUAGUGAGGAACAGCUCCCUGUUAUUGUCUACAUCUAUGGUGGAGCCUACAUAUUCGGUGGAAAAAAUACAACAUUCAAUAUACCAGAACCUUACUCUGCAUAUGACGGAAAAGGUAUUCGUAGAAUUACCGACAAUAGUGUCAUCUGGGUGACGGGAAAUUACCGACUCGGAGCAUUUGGCUUCUUGGGUGGCUCUUACAUGGAACAAAAUGCUCAACCUAAUGCAGGUCUGCAUGAUCAACGUCUGCUUUUGGACUGGGUUCAAAAAUACAUCGGUCUAGUCAAAGGCGACAAAAGCGCUGUCAGUGUCUGGGGGCUUUCUGCUGGUGGAGGAUCAAUUCUCCAUCACCUCAUUGCCUAUGGUGGUGCCAAGAAAGAAUCUCUUUUCCAAAGGGCCGCCAUCUGGAGUCCAUCAUUUCAGUGGUCGUAUGAUCGAGCAGGUGUUUUGCAAGAAACCUUCUCCAGCUUCGCAACAGAAGCAAACUGCGCUGACGAAGAUGCUCUCGAGUGCUUAAGAGAAGCUGAUGCAGAGACCCUGAAGGUAGCUAAUCAAAACGUUGUCAAUCAACGCUUGAAACUGGGAUUAUUUCCAUUCGGACCCGCGGUUGACGGAGAUCUGGUGCCAGACCUCCCAGCGAAUUUAUUCAAGCAAGGCAAACACGUUAGCACUGAAUCUCUAAUAAUUUCUCACGUAUACGACGAGGCAAGGCUCUUCGCUAACAAGGAAAUUAAAACCGAAGCCGAGUUCACAAAUUUUGUCACUCUCGCUUUCCCGGGUGAUGAACUAGCAGAAGUGAGGCAGAAUAUCGAGGACAAAUACCCAUCUAGUUCAUACGAUAAUGACCAACAGACGCGUCUCAGGGCAGUAUUAAGCGACUCGACGUUUGUUUGUAACAACUAUCAGAUUUACCAGGCAUACAAGAAGAAGUCCAACGUCUAUGCCACACGGUACGAGAUUCCACCGGCUCAACACGGUACUGAUUUGCUUCCUGUCAUUUGGGACGAGGAGGUCGACGUCGCCGGCCUUAUUAAAACGAUCUUUCCUUGGCUCCCUGUCUGGAUCUCCAGAUUCCUCGAGAGUAUAUGGGUGCCUUUAGCUUCGAGAUACCAAAAGUACUUUGCUAGUCAUGCACUGACUGGUGAUCCAAACUAUUACAAUGGUGGCCGGGCACUCACAUGGGAAGUAACAACUGACGAUGGUAAAGAGUUGACAAACGCACUGAAGGUCGGUCUACAGUAUUCCAAUCCUAACCAUCCAUUCUAUACUCUUGGAUCUGAUGGUCAGGUGGCCGCUGCGAGCUGUGAUUUUUGGAGCGAUCUCGCAGAAAAGAUCAUGAUCAUCACCGGUAAUGAGAAGAAGCCGACGAGCUUCAGGACUCAGUUUUAUGAGCGAUUAUGGGGUGGUCAAAUUGAAUUGUAAUCACCACAAAAAUGAGGGUUUGAGAAAGCUGGAAUGGGGAAGAUGGAAGUGAGGAUGAGGUAGGAUGGGAUUUGUCACUUCAUUUCUCUAAUAUUUGACGGGUGAAUGUUUCUUCUUGCAAUCAUGGCAAAUUUGAGACAAUGAAAAAUGUUCUGCUCUGACUAUCUGUGCCGAACUUGCAGUGAAAUAGUUACAACUGAGUUGAUUGAUAUAUCGAAAGACCAACAGAACUAGUUGGCUAAGAAGUGGCUAGGGUGACACUGCUGCAAUAGUCUCGGAAUCCAUGAUAUCUUUCAAUUUUAUAUUUCUUAUCCUUCUCUUUUAACCUUAACGAUGGCCAAAUACCAAUGCCAUGCCCGAAAGAGUAAUCAAGCUGAUAGCAUGUAGCUAUAAAGGAUUCUUGUGGGUUCAAUAUCAUUCUAAGAUUACUCUCUUAUUGCAUGACUAUGAACUUGAUAGUCUGACCUCGAGGUUCACUUCAAUCUCAAGGUAAGCUUACUGGAUAGCCCAGGUCUACAAAGAAGUAUCGAAAAAAGCAAAGCGAGAACAACUACAAGUGCUCUGCUGUACAAGGAUCGGCUGACGGGAGGAGGCAAGGCAAGGCAAUGUCACUGGAGGCGGCUAGUCUAGAACUAUAGUGAAUUAACAUCGUAGAACGAAAUAUCUAUUGAGCAUGUAAGGAAUGUCACUAUC